AUGGCAUCGCAGGAAAAGUGUGUUUAUGUUGGCAAUCUCGAUUGGACGACUACCGAAGAUGAGCUCGGUGAUCAUAUGAAGAAGGUUGGACCUGUCGUGUCGGUCGAUAUUAUGACCAGAAACGAUGGUAAAUCCAAAGGCUGUGGGAUCGUGGAGUUUAAGGAUACAGAAUCAGUGGCCAAGGCUAUCGAGACGCUGAAUGAUACUAAGUUGGGGGAGAGGCAGAUUUUCGUUAGGGAGGAUCGUGGGCCGGAGAAACCGAGAGAUUCUGACUCUCCUCGUGGUGGCAAGGGUAAGGGUAAGGGCAAAGGCAAAGGGAAGGGUAAAGGGAAGGGAUAUUGGGAUUGGGGAUAUUGGGAUUGGGGAUACCCUGGUAAGGGUAAGGGUUUUAAGGGCUACAAAGGCAAGGGCGGCCUCAGGCCACUUCGUGUUGGCCCUCGUGAUAAAGGGAGGCUCAUCUACGUUGGCAACUUACCUUGGAGGACAGCCUGGCAAGAUCUUAAAGAUCUUUUCCGUGAAUGCGGUGAAGUUAUACGUGUCGAUAUCGCCGAAGGUUGGGACGGCCGUUCUAGAGGCUUCGCCACUGUUCUCUUCGAGGAGAUCGACAACGCUGCCAAUGCUAUCGAGAAAUUCAACGAGUACGAGUUCCAAGGGCGUAAACUACUUGUUCGUGAAGACCAGUUUGUAUGA